AUUAUCGAAGCAUCGUUGGCCAUAAACCGGUCUUUCGGUCGCAACAGAUUUCGGGAUAAUCGAAGUAUAUACAAUUCGUAAUAACAAUGGCAACUGUGAAGUUCAAAGAGACGUCUCCAUACCUCAAGCCGAAGAGUUCACCACCUGCGGAAGAUUAUAUCUAUAGCAAAUAUAUAGAAGACCUCACCCUGAAGACAGACAACCGGGAAGAACCUAUAGUUAAAUUGGCUCUGUUCGGUGUGGGUCACGCCGGGACGAUACACAUAUCGAAUAUAAUUUCUAAUACACGUGUCCAGCUUUUAUACAUUGUUGAGGAUCUCGAAAGCAAGUGGGAAAAUGUGCGAAAGUACUGGCGUUUGGACAACGUUACCUUCCUAAAUAGCAAGCAAUCUGACAAGAUAUUCAAGGACCCCAACGUUAACGCGGUCAUCGUGGCGUCGCCGGCUUACACGCACAAGGAUAUCGUUAUUAAAGCUCUGGAAGCGAAGAAGGCGGUCUUCUGCGAGAAGCCUAUAGCGGAGAAUAUCUCGGACACCGCCAAAGUCUACGAAACAGCCAAGAAAGCCGGUAAACCGCUGUUUUGCGCGUUCCAGCGGCGAUUCGAUCCGAGCUACUCGAACGUGCGAGACCGUGUUCACAACGGAGAGGUCGGACACGUCCAUACAAUUAAAUCGGUCUCUCGUGAUUCUCCCCUGCUCCCUUUAGAGUACUUGAAAACUUGCAGUGGGAUCUUCCACGACACCAUGAUCCACGAUAUCGAUGUAGUUACCUGGGUUAUCGGGGAAUACCCAGACAAG